AUGGUAUUUUGGACCGGGAGGAUAGAUGGAUGGUGCACAGUGGACGCGAGAAAUCUCACCGCAAAAGACAGAAAAAUAAACGAAGUUCCAACUUUAAAUGGAUUUCAAUCUAAGCGAAUAAUAACCGUCAGAUUUAGAUCGACGGUGAAUAUGACGUGUGUACUCAUAUCUAACCUAUGCAACGCUACAUCCACCCACUCUCACGCUCCUUCCUCCUCCGUCUCUGCAACCGCCCGGAGCUGCACAACCACAAGCCCUAACUCUCUCCAAAACGCACCCGUUUCGUUCCCUUGCUGUUCGUGCGUUUCUGCAAUUCCUCAACCCGAUUUUGAAUACUCAAUUUAA